GGGUUCUAAAUAAAGUUGACGCAUGCGUACUGCGCGUUCUGUGGUUCGACCUCUGCUGCCGAGACAGACCCGGGUUUCUACCAAGUUGGAACGAACCGGUUCAAUAAAGAAAUUAAAAUGUAUGCCUGUGCGAAGUUCGUCUCUACGCCUGCACUGGUGCGUGUUGGCUCCCGGGCUCUGUGCAGGCCCCUCUCUGCAGCUGUCAUGUCUGGACCUCUGACCAGAACAGGAGAGGCUAGUGCAGCCCUUCUGCCACAGAGCGGCCCGUCUCCGCUAGCCCUAAGAGGCUUCCAGACAAGUGCUGCCAGCCGGGACAUUGACACUGCAGCCAAGUUUAUUGGUGCUGGUGCUGCUACUGUUGGAGUAGCUGGAUCUGGGGCCGGAAUCGGAACCGUGUUCGGCAGCCUUAUCAUUGGUUAUGCCAGGAACCCUUCUCUAAAGCAGCAGCUGUUUUCCUACGCCAUCCUUGGGUUCGCCUUGUCUGAAGCCAUGGGUCUAUUCUGUUUGAUGGUUGCAUUCUUGAUCUUGUUUGCCAUGUAGAAAAAUCCCCUAUAGUUGUAAACAUGCAUCUAAAGUAAGAUAUAAUGGUAUUUCACAGUGGCUACCAAAAUUGUUGUGUUUAUCGUAAAAGCAUACUUUUCCACAUUGAACACUGUCAAACCAGACAUGUACAAAUGUAAGCAAAUACAGAAUUAAAAUGCAUGUAUUUGACUAUUUAAAAGAAAUAUGACCGCUAACUUUUGUAUUUUGGGAAUCCUGUUUUUCUUUCUACGGCUACAGCUGCAUGAUCAGCUUUCAAGUGUCAACUGGCCAUCUGCAGAAAAGAGCUGUGCAUAUAUUCUGUACAGUAUAUGAAUCUAGAGCAUUUAUUCCAUACAUUAUUUUCAUUGUUGAAAGCUGUGAAGAUGAGCAGGGUAGAUCCUCUAUGAAGGUUUUAACUGCAGGUCAGUUGCAGUAUGUUUGUGGGAUGAAAUUGCAUUAAGGCCAUCGAUUGCCAGAUCAUGCUUUUGUAAAUCGCAUUAAUAAAUUUACACCCCCAUCAUUUACUGGUGCUAAA